CACACGCAGCGCACACUUGUGGCUCCUCGAAGGCGCAAAGUUCCUGCAUAAAAUGUAGUUUCUAUUAAACGUAUAUGGGGAUAUCUCUGAGAUGUGCAUCUCUGUAGAAGCCGCCUCCUCGCCCCGUGUUGCAGCUGCCUGUCGGCGGUGCGCGUUUCUCCAGCCUGUGACGAUUCACUGACGCGCUGCUCGCCGCACCAGCAGGCACAGAGGAGAGACGCAGCCAGCAGAGGUCUGGCCGGACGCACAGCUCCUUCCCUUCCUCCCUCUUGCACCAGCAGAGGUCUGGCCGGACGCACAGCCUUCCCUUCCUCCCUCCUGCACCCACCGAGCGUCAGGCAGAAAGCGAGCCCGCAGGUUUCCCCAGACUCCUCUGCAGUGAUGGAGCUACCAGGCUUGGCGCACAGCAUCACCAGCCCGUUAAGUCCCUGCGAGGGCAUGCUCAAGGACCUGAGCUUAGAUGCCAUAAAGUUAUGCGAACGAGAUGGGGGUAAAUCCCAGGACGGCAGCAUCUCUGAGAUGGAGGAGCUCCCCGUCCCUCAGAAUAUCAAGAUCAGCAACAUCACCUGCGACUCCUUCAAGAUCUGCUGGGACAUGGAGGCGCGCAGCAAGGAGCGCAUCACACACUACUUCAUUGACCUGAACAAGAAGGAGAACAAAAACUCCAACAAGUUCAAACACAAGGAUGUUCCCACCAAGCUGGUGGCCAAAGCGGUGCCUCUGCCCAUGACAGUGCGGGGCCACUGGUUCCUGAGCCCCCGCACGGAGUACACCGUGGCCGUCCAGACUGCAUCCAAACAGACCGACGGGGACUACGCCGUCUCUGAGUGGAGUGAGAUCGUGGAGUUCUGCACUGCUGAUUAUUCUACGGUGCAUCUGAACCAGCUACUGGAAAAGGCGGAGGUCAUUGCUGGCCGGAUGCUGCGUUUCUCAGUCUUCUACAGGAACCAGAAUAAAGAGUAUUUUGACCACGCCAGUGAGGUGCAAGGGAACCGAAUGCUGCCAUCAGUGAAAGACAACAGUGGCAGCCACGGCUCACCCAUCAGUGGCAAACUAGAGGGCCUCUUCUUCAGCUGCAACACAGAGUUCAACACAGGCAAGCCGCCGCAGGACUCCCCGUAUGGGCGCCAUCGCUUUGAGGUCCGGGCCGAUGCACUCUUCAACCCCGACACCAACCUCUACUUUGGUGACUUCUACUGCAUGUAUACAGCGUACCACUACGUUAUUGUAGUCCUGGCACCAAAGGGCUCCAGCGGGGAUGAUUUCUGCAAGCAGAGGCUUCCCGCGCUCGACAUCACCAACAACCGCUUCCUGACCUGCAAACAGGAUGACGAGGGGGGUCUGGCGUUUCACCACGCCCAGGAUGUCAUCCUGGAGGUGAUUUACACAGAGCCGCUAGACCUGGCAUCGGGCACGGUGGCAGAGAUCAGCGGACACCAGCUGAUGAGCAUGUCCACAGUAAAUGCCAAGAAGGACCCCAGCUGUAAAACCUGCAACAUCAGUGUGGGCCGCUAAAAAAAAAAGAGCAGAAUGUAUCAGGAGGGGAAGGACUACACAUGACUGACCUCUACACAAACACACAUAAAAGAAGUCCACUUGCACUGAUGAAGCAGACCAACAUAUGCAUGUAACAGCAGAUAUAUUAGGCUCCCAGACAUGCACAUAAACAUAGGCGACAAUGCUUUGUACUCUCAAAAGACCAUCAUUCCCAAAAAUUGAGGAAGAUACACACUUUUCUGACACCUACAUCACUGUCUCUUUAUUGGAAAAAGGGUUGCUAUCACACUGAAAACAUCAAAACACGGAUCUAUCCAGUAAUCUAGUAUCUCACACAUUGGUGUACUGACAAAACCCUUUAACUGUACUAACAAACACUGGCUGCUUCUAUUCAACUUCCCGUUUAUUUGAAUCAGUUGCCCAAUAUUUUAUUAUUAGUCUUUACCAUGGUGUUAUUAACUUAUUGUUAAAUUAUUGUCCAUUCUCUUUGUGGACAGUUUUGUUUUUUCCUGAUAACAUUGACUGUUUUAUUCUCAUCUCACUGUUAAAUUAAGACUUCUUUUACCUCCUCCUGGUGGCAUGGACUGGUACUACAAUUUCCUAGGGCUGCAGCAUCAACGGUCAUCUUUCUUUAUACCAAAGGUGUUAAAACCCAGACGUGAAACCGCUGUGGAAUCUAGACAGUACUAAUGGGCAGCCUCUAAAUGCAUAGUCUUUAAUGACAAAGUAUUAACACAUGAAAAGAGGGAAAAAAAGCAUGGUGCAGUUCUCACGAGCAUGAGAAAAUUGACAGAACUUUAACCAUGGUAACCUUCUCUGAAACAGUCACUCUUAUGUUGUUGUCAGUGGAACGAAAGAAAAUAGAACCAUAAACUGUGUUUAGCAGAAUAAAUGUGAAAAAAUAUUUAUUUUGUUUUUUUUAUACAUUCAUAUAUAGAGAAAUAUAUAGAAAACUAUAUAAACCAGAAGUGCACAAUGGCAAAAGCUCCGAUCAUUGUCAAAACAGGCGGGAAAUUUCAUGAGGAAAAAAGGAGGGCAAACACAUAUUUGACAGCAAAAACUUGCACUAUGAUGCCUACGUUCAAAGCAUAUUUUCCAACAUCAACAUUUAAAUCUCAUGGUCACAGCUUUGAUCAUGUAUGAAAUUCUGAAUGCAUAUCAUAGCACAAUGUAGGACUAAAAAACUGACAUGCACAAACACUGCAAGAUCGCCUCACUUAUUGUAUUUAAGCUUGUGCAUUCUUUUUUAAAUUUCCUUUUUUUUUGCCAAGGCAGCACUUUCAUAAAUGCAGUUUACUCAUUAAAUAUGGACAAAAACUGUAUUUUGACAUGGGGAAAAAAAGUGAGUUACAAAGUGUCAUAGU